AGCUUCGGUCACACUAUGUCCAUUCGCGCACAUUGUUUCUAACGUUUGUACGCGACGAAAUGGAAGAAAAGGUUCUGCCGAAAUUCGUAUUACCGUCUCCAAAGUUCGGCAAGCCCAAUGGAUCCACCACAUCCAAUCACCUCUACCUGACCCCCAGCGGGAUGACCCUGCUGCCGCGCUCCAAGCAACCGCCGCCCAUGUACGGUGCACGAGGAUCAACAGUGCCAGCUAAAUAUCUGCACCAAGAACAAAGCAGCCCAGUGAGCGUGCCUGCAUCCCCGCCAGUUUACCAUUCUCCUCCGCGACCGGAAUUUUGUCACACAUGUGUAAUGGAGCUGGCCAACUCUCAGGAUAUGAAACUCCACCUGGAGCAACACGAGUUCUGCCCUGCCGAUGACUGCGACUUUGCGGCGCUCCACAACAUCCUGGAACGUCACAUAGAAUCCAAUCACAUCACAGGAACCUACGUAAAGGUAAAGAAAGUUUGGUCCGAGGAAGAAUUGGCCGCUUGGAGGGCAGAACGAAGAAAAAAAUUUCCCACUGCGGCCAAUGUUGAGCUGGCUAGAUUAGCCAAGGAACAGCGAAUUAAACGCGGAGAGCGCCUGGAGGCUUCGAAAUCUCGCUUCGGAAACCGGGAAGAUCGCCAACGGACGCGAGGAGGACCCCAGGGAGAUCACAAAGUUCGUUUCGAUCCGAAAAACAAGAAAAAGAGAUGUGCCAAAGGGAAAGCCAAUGAAAAGAAGAAAAAACGUGUUGGUACUGAUAAAGCAAACGAAGCUUUGAAGCAGAAAGAAACUAAUGAAGAUAAAAAAGAAGAGGAAGUUAAUUUGUGCUCCCUGGGAAAUGCUAAAUUUGGAGGAACUGGACAAAUGCCGGAGUACCAGCACUUUAAGGCAAAAGUUCAAAAGAAGGAUAAUGCUUUGUCUAGCUUUCUUGGAAUGUACGGGUCAGAUAGUGACGAAGAAAGUGAAGCUGAGAGUGAUGAUCAGAAUACAGCAGACUGCAGUAAACAAAUCCCAGCACAAGUAGAGAGCUCCCAAAGUAUGCCAUCUGAAAUCACAGAAAUGGGUCCAGCCCUUGAGGCUUCAAAUACACCUAACUCUGUUGAUAAUACUCAAACUUGUGAAGACUUUACACCUAUGUUGGAAAUGACAUCAUCAGACCAAGUGCCGCGAGAAAUAAGCAACAUUAGUCAAAUAACUACAUCUAACUCAGAGCCUGCCAAGGAAGAUGGCUCCUCCGACGAAGGACCGGAUGAAGAGCCCUUCCAGCGAGUGACCGAAACUAUAACAGCGUCAGAUCCAGUCAAACCACCUCCUGAACCAAUGGAACCGAAGCCACAAACUGCACCCAAAAGAGCAGCUCCAAAGCGAAUUUAUGGCUUGAACUACAAGAGAGCGCGCAAGCAAACCCCGAACACUAUGUUGUCGAAACUAUUAGAAUCCGAUAUACGCCAUGAAAGAAAUGUCCUGCUGCAGUGCGUGCGACAUGUUUGCGAGAGAAAUUUCUUUGGCAUUGGUCAAGCUAAACCAAAUCAAGAAACGUUGGUUACCACUUGUGAUAAAACCGUUGAUUCAACACCGGAUGCAUUAUAACUUUAGCUUCUAAGUUAGGCAAAUAAAGUACAAAUAGUAGUAUGC